GUGGGCGGGCCGGGGAAGAAAGGCGCCAAGAUGCCGCCGGGCAAGUUCGAGACGGUGACGUUCGCCAAGAACAACAAGCGCAAGUACGAGGUGGCCUGCACCGACAACCGCGGCCCUCCCUGCGUCGUCUCAUGCCCCAAGACCUGCCCCAACAAGUGCCUCGCCUUCUGCGCCUACUGCAUGACCUUCUGCAUGUGCGACAUGUUCCCGGGCACGUCGUGCGGGGACCCGCGCUUCACCGGCGGCGACGGCAACACCUUCUACUUCCACGGCAAGAAGGAUCAGGACUUCUGCAUCGUGUCCGACAAGGACCUCCACAUCAACGCGCACUUCAUCGGCAACCACAACCCCGAUAUGAAGCGCGACUUCACGUGGGUGCAGGCCCUCGGUGUCACCUUCGCCCACGGCGGCGCCGACCACCGCCUCUACGUAGGUGCCAAGAAGGUCGUCGAGUGGGACGAGGAGGAGGACCACGUCCAGAUCGCCCUCGACGGGGUGCCCGUGGAGGUGGAGGCCGGCAAGAACGCCCAAUGGGUCUCCAGGGCCAUGCCGGGGCUCUCCGUCACUCGCACCGACACGGUAAACACCAUCGUCGUGGAGCUCGACGGCGCGUUCAGCAUCUCGGCCAAUGCCGUGCCCAUCACCGACGAGGACUCCCGGAUCCACAACUACGGGAAGACCGAGAAGGACAGCCUCGUGCACCUCGACCUCGGGUUCAAGUUCCACGCCCUUACUAACGGUGUAGACGGUGUGCUCGGCCAGACCUACAGCUCCGACUACAUUAGCAAGGUCAAUGUCACGGCCAAGAUGCCUAUCAUGGGCGGCGCGCCUAAGUACCACUCGGCCAGCCUCUUCUCUACCGACUGCGCUGUCGCCAGGUUCCACCGCAAGGAUGUCACCGUCGUCGAGACGUUCGCCUCAUAAACCAUUGGUUCAUGGACCUACACAAGAAAUAAAAGAAAAUACAUAUAGGGAGAGCAAUUAUCCCGAUCAUGUUGUUGUAGAGUAUAUAUGCUUGAUUCUCACGAAAUUAAAGAUGAAAUAAUUUUCAAGUCAA